GCCAGGUCAACGUUGCGCUAAAUUCCUAAUCUAUAAUUUUAAAAAAGAAAGUGUAAACUAAUCCGAAAUGUUAAAUGGCCUGUUUUGCAUGCGCCUUCAUACGGCUGGAAAGGUCGUUGGUUGGCUACAGAUUUCAGGUUCAAUACUGGGAAUUAUUUAUCUGUCGAUAAUCCUAUCUGUGCAUCCCCCUCCUAGAAAUGCUGAGCCGGAACUAAUUAUUGGCGUAUUAUUCACUGCACUCUCAAUCCAUUUUCUUUUCGCUGUCCUGCUGAUAGUGGGCACUCAUAAGAACCGUCAUUCAUUGCUGCUGCCUUGGCUGAUCUUAAACGGUAUUGGUGUAGCGAUGGGUAUCAUUAAUUUAAUAUUCCAAACAGCAUUCCGACCACUGACAGCAAAAUAUAUGCCCAUUAUAGCUGUGAAUGCUGUAAUCGCAACUCUUAACAUAUACAUUUACUAUGGCAUAUACUCGCUAUAUAAACACAUUCAAGCUACUAGGAAUCAGGAGCGAUCUUCUUUAAAAUAAGGGAUGCAUCAGACUAGUUGGAAUAAUGUUAUUUAAAGCAUUUCCAUUGUAUUUCAUAAAAAU